ACAAAUUAAAAAUGGCGGUUAGGAUAACUAACAUAGAGACAAAAACUGUCUAGUUCUUUUUCCGGAGUGCGUUCGUUAGCCAAGCUCCAAAAUGGGUAAGCGUAAUAAUAUGGUGCCCGAUGGGCAUUUCCACAAAGACUGGCAACGCAACGUCAGAACGUGGUUCAAUCAACCUGCUCGUAAAUUGAGAAGGAAGAAUAACCGUAUCAAGAAAGCACGUGCUGUUGCUCCACGACCAGUGAAACGUCUAAGACCAAUUGUCCGUUGCCCAACUGUCCGAUACCACACCAAAGUACGUGAAGGUCGUGGUUUCACUUUGGAAGAAUUAAAAGCCGCUGGUAUCAACAGACGAGAGGCACCAACUAUUGGAAUAGCUGUUGACUACAGAAGACGCAACAAAUCCAUCGAGUCUUUACAAUUAAAUGUCGCACGAUUGAAAGAGUACCGCUCGAAACUCAUCCUCUUCCCCAAGAACUCCAAGAAGCCCAAGAAGGGAGAUUCAACUGAAGAAGAAUGCAAGGUAGCAACACAAUUACGUGGUGACAUUAUGCCAAUUCGCCAGAAGGCUGCCCUUAAAUCAAAGGCUCGUGUUAUCACUGAAGAGGAAAAGAAAAUCUCAGCCUACGUAACACUCCGUAAAGCACGUGCUGACGCCAGAUUAGUUGGAAUAAGAGCUAAGAGAGUUAAGGACGCCGCUGAAAAUCCAGAUGAUGUCACCAAGGUACCAUCUGGCUCUGAUAAGAAAGCUAAAAAAUAAAUCGCGUCUUUAAACUUUUCAUUAUAAACUAAUUAAAAAAUAAAAUGAUUAUUCAUUUGA